AAUUUUUUUGACGAAGAAGAGAUAGAGAACCUGAGCAGAACGCUGGAGAACGAAGAUGGCGGCAUGAGGAAAAUGUCGUAUCAGGAGAGCGACGGCGCAGGCGCGACCCUGACCAUGAUCCAGUGGAAACAUCCAGGCACCGACGUGUCGGGCAUCAUCGCUCGGAGCAGGAAAAUGGUCGGGAUUUCAGAAAAGCUACUUGGCGGAGAAGUGUAUCAGUACGCCGGUACGGUUAACAUGAAGGAUGCUCGCUCUGGGGGUCAGCACUGGUGGCAUCAAGACUACGGGUACUGGUACAACAAUGGCCUUUUGUUUCCCGACAUGUUAAACGUGUUCAUCGCGGUGGACAGGGCCGACAGGGCCAACGGAUGUCUGCAGGUGUUACGUGGUUCACACCUUGCCGGACGGCUGGACCACAAGCGGCUCGCUGGACAGACUGGGGCGGAUGAAGAGAGAGUCAAACAACUCCAGAAGGUGCUGGAGCAUGUGUACGUAGAAAUGGACCCGGGCGACGCCCUGAUCUUCCACUGCAACCUCCUGCACCGCAGCGACCAGAACAGGUCCGACAGCCGGCGGAGGGUCUACAUCGUCUCGUACAACAGGGCGUCCAACAACCCCGUCUACGAGCACUACAACGCCUCCUACACGCCUCUGGACAUCGUUGAUGACGAGGAAAUCAAGACCUGCUCCAACCACACCGACUUCUCGGGGAAGGAGUUCAUGGAUCCCGACGACAACAAGAACAUCUCCGGUACAAAAGUCGGGGAGAAUUAGCUUUGCCAAUUUUGCUUGACUAAACGGUUUAACACCAGAUUUGACAGAAAUGUCCUUUUGAGCUUCAUUAAACUUCCUAUUGGGAUUGUAGAAAUAUAGGUAGUGUCAAAAAUAUGUACAUGUACAAUAAAAAGUUACAUGCAACAAAAAUGUGUACAUAAACAUUGAUAUCAAAUUAAAGUCGUGUGUUAACUCUUCGUCACUUCAAACAUUUUUCUCGUACUAGAAGUUGCCUAGAAAUGGAAAAAACUCACAUGCACAAGAAAUUUCUUUAAUCGUUUAUUCAACACUUAGACAAAUGAAUAGGUAAUUUCAACAUACUGACAAAGUAAAGACAACCUAGUACAAAACAACGGCGUACUAGAGUUGGGAGUAACCUAGCUUUUGAAGAAACGUCACGUUUGUAAGAUACUCAUGAAUUAUCUGCUACUGAGACUAAUCUAAUUUGGAACUAGGUUAAUAGGCCAAACACAUGUAACACACAUUUAAUAUAUAACGAGUGCUGAGAAGCACAUACAGUAGUUUAGCAGGUUAGUCUCCCUGUAUUCUCUCCUAACGUGUAAUGCUGCCAUGUCGACAACAAUCUACAAUCAACUACAGUAAACUACAUGUGGUACAAUAUACAUACAAUCUACAUCUCAGUAUACCCGUGUUUCGCAUAUUGAUUGUACGUAUUCCUUUCUCAUCUAAUGUAAAAUUGCCCUUUUUAAUAAUCCUUAUAUCAACAGUUACUGCUAACACGUUUGCUACAGCAGAUUAUGAAAGCUAAUGUGUAUUUACAACAAUAAGAACAGAGUUACAAAUAGAACUUCCUCAUCAGAAA